CAUUGUCUUCCUCUGUGGCCAGGGUGCACCGAGAGCAUCUCCCUGUUUAAACCGGCCAAUCGGCGUCCGGCGGAGGUCUCCGCCGCGUUUAAACCCGUGGCGGCGUCCCAGCUGGGUUUUCAGUCCUCCGGCGAAAUCUAGGGAAGGAAGAGAAGGCGGCGAAGUGCCUUUGGCCAGCCAGUCGGCAGAGGUGAAGAUGAAUACUGGUACUGAGAAGGGAGAAGACAUUCUUCUUUUGGAAGAUGAAAAAUUUGACUUCGAUCUUUCCUUGUCUUCUUCAAGUGCAAAUGAAGAUGAUGAAGUCUUUUUCGGGCCUGUGGGACAUAAAGAAAGAUGCAUUGCUGCCAGCUUGAACUUAAAUGGCCAGGUUCCUCAGCAGCCUCUUGCAGCAGCCUCUGGCAGCUCUUGUGCCUGGAGCCCUCUCACUGGGGAGAAGUUUGUGGAGGUGUACAAAGAAGCCCACUUACUGGCCUUACAGAUAGAAAGCCACAGUCGAAGAGAAGUAGCCCAGGCUGCCAAGCCCAAAAAUCCUGUGAACCAGGGCGCGGAAAGAUUUGUGCAGGACUCACAGUUAAAAAUAAGCCUCUUUGAAAAAGAACAGAAGAGGGAGAAAAGCCCCGUAUCAAUUAAAAGAGAGACAUUCUGCCUGCCAUCCUCAGGGGUGCAACCCCCGUUUGGGGAGCCCCAGCUCCUGGCUUCUCCAGCCUUGCUCAGCUCCCCUGUCCCAGCUGGCCCUGUUGAGACCCAGAGCAACCAGGCUCUGCCCUGUUCCUCUCAGCCACUGCCAGGGGAGUCAAGUACCUCCCAACCUCCAAAUCAGGCUGGGCCUCAGAAGAGGCUCACCAGCAAGCUACAGCCACCUCGAGCUUUGCCUGUGAGAGGAAGACCUCUUCAGCUGGCUACAGAGAAGCUCAAAAAAGAGGUGCCAGCUAGCCUUCAGAGGAUGAAACUCCUGAAUGAAAAGGGAUCCCAGAGUAAUGUGCUCCCAGACAAACCCAGCAGGGUUCCAGAUGCUGCUAGUAGAGCAGGCCACCCAGGCAAGCGAUCACUCCCCGUUCCUAGCAAGUUGGGGCUGAAGAAGACCCUAUUGAAGCCACCUGGCCAUACUGGCAGUCUCACAAAGAAGUCCUCUACCUCAGGGUCUGCUUCAAGCCUUGGGUCUAGUGUAUGUGUGUCUCCAGCAGCAGGCAAAGCAAAGUCCAGUGAACUUUCAAGUAUUCCUGCUCGUAGCUCCCAGCCUCGGACAAGCACCAGCAAGUUGGGCAGAAUAGGACCCUCCACAGCACAACAGGCUCUGCCAGCAGCUUCUUCCAGGGCAUCUUGUAAACAAGCCAGAAAGGCUGAUGCUGCCCAGAUGAUGGCAGAGCAGCCCAAGGCCUCCACCUUGACUCCUCUCACCCAACAACCCCAGACUCCAGAACAGAGAGGACCGAGGCUGGACCCUAACACCGUGGCAUCCUCUCAGUUGAAUAAAACCGGCAGUAUAAAACGGCGGGACUCCUCCCUAAACUGCAAGGCAGAGGCCAUGUCUCCCGCUACAGACCCAUUUAAAGUCCCCCAGUUUUCUGUUGGUGAAUCACCUGUAGGUGUGACCUCAAAGUUCUCACGGACACAUCAGCUGCAGUCCAGGACACCAGCUAGCAGGGUUGUCAGCAGCACUCCUGUGAGACGCUCAUCAGGGCCCACUUCACAAGGCCUGCCCAGCAGUAUGAGGACUCCUAUGAGCACAAGACGGAUGUCAGCGUUGCCUACACCUGCUAGUCGGCGCCUCUCUGGCCUUCCAUUAAUGACGCCUCAGUCCAUGCCCCGGCCUCUGGUGUCCCCACUAUGUGUGCCUGUCCGCCGACUUUCUUCUGAGCCCAGAAGAAGAUCUACAGUCAGAGUGGAGCUGGCACAGGAGAACGGCAGCAAUGUCAGUAGUGGGCAGGGCCAGGGCCUGUCCUCAGAUGACAGCUCUUCCCCUCCAUCCUCUGUACCUCAAGCACUUAACUUUUCUCCAGAGAAGAGUGACUUUCCUCUUUCCGGAGGCUCCUCCACAGGAGCAGUGCAGGGUGAAGCAGAGCCUCAUGAAGACACGCACCCCAGUGAGGGUCUUCUCCUAGACAUCAAGCUGGACCAGCUCACCAUCACCCCUGAAGCAGGAGACAGAGACCUGGCUGACCGCCCUCUCAUCGACUUCAGCAACACCCCUGAGUCAAACAUGUUUUUGGGACCCAGCAGCUGGCCCCUCAUCGACCUUGUAGUGAACACUCCAGGGGUGGAUAGAAAUGGUGUGGGGAAACCUCCAAAGGCUGAGCUUGGGCAGCUGAUCGACCUGAGCUCCCCCCUGAUCCAACUGAGCCCUGAGGCUGACAAAGAAAAUGUGGACUCGCCACUUCUCAAGUUCUGAGCCGAGUACAAGCCUCCGCCCUUUAGUCUGUUUCCUUCUGUUGUGGCGUUAGACCUGUAGAAGCAAAUUUUAGAAGGAAUUGUAUUUGAUGAGGUUGGGAGAAGCCUGUUAUCCCGCUUGUGUCUGGAGUGGUGCCUAGGUGGGGUCCCCACUGCGGACCUCUGGCUGCCCUGCUCCCUGCC